GUGUGGAUGACGGAUCACCACCUCAAGCUGAACCUCGGCAAGACGGAGCUGCUCUUCCUCCCGGGGAAGGACUGCCCGUUCCAUGAUCUCGCCAUCACGGUUGACAACUCCAUUGUGUCCUCCUCCCAGAGCGCUAAGAACCUUGGCGUGAUCCUGGACAACACCCUGUCGUUCUCAACUAACAUCAAGGCGGUGGCCCGUUCCUGUAGGUUCAUGCUCUACUACAUCCGCAGAGUACGACCCUGCCUCACACAGGAAGCGGCGCAGGUCCUAAUCCAGGCACUUGUCAUCUCCUGUCUGGAUUACUGCAACUCGCUGUUGGCUGGGCUCCCUGCCUGUGCCAUUAAACCCCUACAACUCAUCCAGAACGCCGCAGCCCGUCUGGUGUUCAACCUUCCCAAGUUCUCUCACGUCACCCCGCUCCUCCGCUCUCUCCACUGGCUUCCAGUUGAAGCUCGCAUCCGCUACAAGACCAUGGUGCUUGCCUACGGAGCUGUGAGGGGAACGGCACCUCAGUACCUCCAGGCUCUGAUCAGGCCCUACACCCAAACAAGGGCACUGCGUUCAUCCACCUCUGGCCUGCUCGCCUCCCUACCACUGAGGAAGUACAGUUCCCGCUCAGCCCAGUCAAAACUGUUCGCUGCUCUGGCCCCCCAAUGGUGGAACAAACUCCCUCACGACGCCAGGACAGCGGAGUCAAUCACCACCUUCCGGAGACACCUGAAACCCCACCUCUUUAAGGAAUACCUAGGAUAGGAUAAGUAAUCCUUC